AUGGCCGAGCCGCCACGUCAGGACCCAACGAGAAAGAGGCUGUUCAAGGGAAAGCAUAGCGUUCCGCAGAAGCCUCGUUUGUCGUUUUCUGUGCAACAGCCGAUCUGGUCCAGCUGGCAGCAGAAAAGACAAGCACAUCCAGUGGCAGGCAUAGGUGGAGGGGGGGGAGGUGGAGAGGGUGGCACAGCGGGAAGGGGAGGAAAAGGGGGGACAAGUGAGGGAAAGGGGGUAAGCGGGGGAGGUUUCAGAGGAGAAGGAGGAGAGUGUGUUGGAGAGAGAAGGGUUGCGGGGAUUGGUGGCGGAGUGAGGGGGAGAGAGGGAGCGAGUGUGGGUAUGGGGAGUGUGGGAGAGAGGGCGUGGAGGAGCGUCAGUGAAAUUGGGACAUUUGGGGGUUUGAGAGGGUUGGAUGUGACUACACUGGGGAGUGAUACUAGAGGCGGGUUCGGGAGUGACAAUAGAGGGGACUUAGGAAGUGAUGGUAGAGGGGGGUUUGGGAGUGGCACGGUGUUUCACCCGACUGCAUGGCGGUGUGGGAUACCUGCUGUGGUGAGGAGGAGGAGGAUCAAAACCAUUGCUGAUUGGUCCGAUGAUGAUGGUAAUGACAAUGGUGGUGAUGGUGAUGGCGAUGGCGAUGGUGGUUGUGCUGAUGAUGGUGAUGGCGAUGGUGAUGCUGCUGGUGAUGGUGAUUGGUUGGAUGAGGACGGGGAAGAGGAGGGAGUGGAGGCAGAGGAGGGAGAGGAGGAAGCGGUGGAAAAUGAGGAGGAAAAGGAGGAAGAGGCAGGUGAGGAAGGGGGGGAGGUGGAGGGGAGAGAGAAGGAGGCAGAGGAGGAAGAGCAGGAUGAGCGUGAACUUGAGGGGUUAAGGGAGCGGCACGUGAGAGAGUGUGGAGGGAGGAGGAAGAGGAGACGUGUGAUAGGUAACGAGGAGGAGGAGGAGCAGGAGGCAGGAAAGUGGAUGGGGGAGGAGAGAAGAGGGAAUAUCGGAGUACAAGAAUCAGUUGAAAGGGAGGAGGGGGCAGGAAGAGAGGAACAAGACAGAACGAUGGGUGGGAACGAUGAUGACAGGGAUGCUGACAAUGAUGACAGGGAUGCUGACAAUGAUGACAGGGAUGCUGACAAUGAUGGCAGGGAUGCUGACAAUGAUGGCAGGGAUGCUGACAAUGAUGGCAGGGAUGCUGACAAUGAUGGCAGGGAUGCUGACAAUGAUGGCAGGGAUGCUGACAAUGAUGGCAGGGAUGCUGACAAUGAUGGCAGGGAUGCUGACAAUGAUGGCAGGGAUGCUGACCAUGAUGGCAGGGAUGCUGACAGUGACGACUCCAUGAUGACUCAGCCUGACGACGAAGCCACGUGGCAGUCCUUGAUUGAGCAGUCCACGGUCGAAAUUGUUAUGGAAAGUGCAAGGGAAGGAGGGAGGAGAAAGGUGGAUGGGUUGGAGAUUCUUUCAGAUUCACAAGAGGAAGACAAAGGCGGGGGCGGAAGGAUAAGGGUAGAGGAAGAGCAGGAAAGAGAGGGAAGCGAAGGGCGGGGGAAAGGGAAGAAGGGAGGAGAAGUGAGAAGACGCGAAGAGGUGGGGCAUGAGGAGGGGGAAGGAAGGGAGAAGGCAGGAGGCAGUAGCGAGAUGGUGCAGUCAGGUUUUGCGGGGAGUAGAGAGGGGAGAAGUGAGGGGAGAGGAGUCGGGAGAGGAGAGGAGGGUAGAGGAGAGGUGGGGAAAGGAGGGGAGGGUAGAGGAGAGGAGGAGAGAGGAGAGUGUGCAAAUGGAGGAAGGGAAGAGGAGAAUCUAAGCGGGGCGGAGGAGAAAGUAUUAGCAGAUGAGGACGCACGGUGUGUACAGGACGAAGCGGAGGCCUUGGAGGAGGGGGAGGGGAUGGCGAUGGGCGAGUUUGACUUUGAACCGCCGUCCUUCUCCCUCCACGUGCAGCCUUCCGAGCUUCACAUGGAACCUGAUGCGAGGAUGAACUUCCUCCCCUCACAGGGAGCAGAACUUGAUGGGAUGAACUUCUCCCCCUCACAGGGCCUGGACGCUCCCAGCUUCUCCUUGAAUCCUGAGGCGCCUCCAAAGAUGGGCGUGAAGCAUGAGACGGCUUUUGAGGCGCCGGAGGAAUCGGGGACACAGGAAUCAGGAUUUCAGGCGUCACAGGGUUUGGACGCACCCAGUUUCUCGUUGGGGCUGGAGGGGUGGGAUGGGGAAGAGGGCGCGUUGGGGGAUGGGCAAUGCAUGACAGAGAGGGACGGGCAACAAGGAGCAGCAGAGAGAGUUUUUGAGCGGAGUCAUAGAAAGAUGGAGAGCACAGUGGGGGAUGACGAAGGGUUGGCAAAGAGGGAAGCCUGGGAAGGGAAGCAGGGGGCAGUUGAGCAGCGAGUGGCAGUGGGAUGGGACGGCGAGAGGUAUCGUGAAGAUGAACGGAGUGAGAGAGCCCUUGGAGAUGGUGUUUAUGGGAGGGUUGAGAGUGGUAAGAAGGUGAAGGUUGAGGCAAGGCGCCACACAACAGCCCCCAAGGCAGACCCCGGCAGCAACACCUGUGCCGUCAAGUUCCAUGCAUCAGCCACCCGCAACACAGACUCCGGCAACAACACCCACGCUGUCGGAGGCUACGAGGCAGCUGCUGCAGCGGCGCCUGCCGCACCUGCAGCUGGUGGGGUGGCUGGAGGAGCGGGGAUACUGACAGAGGAGGCCGCCCUUUUUCUCAAGCGCAUGGAAAUGAGAAUGAGAAUGAGAAUGGCUGCUAUGAGGUCGGGGGGUUCCGGGUUUCCAUGCCCGCAGCAGCCUGCUGGUGUUGGUGCUGCUGGGAGCGCUGCUAGGAAGGUGCAUUUUGAGGCGCCUCAAAAUGCACCUCACUACAUGUGCCCGCAGCAGCCUGCUGGUGCUGGUGGUGCUGGGAGCGCUGCUAGGAAUGGGGGGAGGAUGGGAGGGGAGGGAUUUGGACGGCAGCAGCAGCUUUCCCAGCAGCAAGGGGGCAGUGGGAGGAGGAGAGGGAGUGGUGGUGGCGGUGGUGCUGUUUGCUUCCAGGGCUGGUGUGGUGGUGGUGGCAGCAGUGGUGGUGGUGUUACGGGAAGGGGUGUUGCUGGUAGCAGUGGUGGUCACUGGGUGGCAGAGGGUGGCAAGAAGGUGAGCUGUCUCACACUUUGUUUUAGGUGUGUUUUGAGAAUUCGAGAAAAAUACCUUCUGGAAGGGGUGGUGAUGGCAGCAGCAGUGGUGGAUAUAGGUAUAGGAAGGGGUGCUGCUGCUAGCAGCAGCGGCGGUCACUGGGUAGCAGAGGGCGGCAAGAAGGUGAGUUAUCUGCACUGUCUCUGCUCCCAAUAUUGCAUAACCUCUGCUGGUGGCAGCAGCGGUGGCGGGUAUAGGAAGGGGUGUUGCCGGUAG